AAAAAAUUUGAUGUUACAUGCAAAUACUUGUGAAGAUUUAUAUAAAAGAAAUAAUCAUCACAUAAGCACUAAUCGAUCUAUGAUUAAUCGCUACAUCAUGUGCUGAUUGAUACGAUCCUGACCUAAAAUCGUGUGCGUGCACAUCUCUUUAUGGUGCACACUACACGUACACUACACUUGCAUGUGAUAGUGUAUGUUCUAAACAUAACCCCAAUUUUCACGGCAUCUAGUAUGUUAGCCUCUACUUUAAAGUCAGUGUACAAUGAUUAACUUAUCGUAAUAGAAGAUGGUUUGAAAUCAAUUCAAUUUCAAUUUCUGCACAAAUGGCUUGUCAAGUGAAUCAAAUAUUUUUGGGGGAAGUUGCCUCCGUGCAAAAUUACGGAGCAUUUGUCCGAAUACCGGGAUGUAAACAACAGGGUAUGAUUCAUAAAUCACAGAUAAGUUCAUCUCGUGUUGAUGAUGUAGCUGAUGUUUUAGAAAUAGGUGAAAGAGUUUGGUGUAAAGUUAUAUCUAUUCAGGACGAUGGUAAAGUUGGACUGUCAAUGAAAUAUGUAAACCAAGGGACUGGCAAAGAUUUAGAUCCAAAUAAUGUUCAGUUUCAAUUAGAUGAACAGAAGAGAAAAAAAUAUAAUCCUAGAGAAGAGCGGAAAGCUAUUGUAUUAGAGGCCAUUUACAAAACAACUUGCUUCAAAUGUAAAACUCCAGGACAUCUUGCUAAAGAUUGUUUUUCAAUGCCUGAUGGCAAAAAGUAUGAACUCUUACCAGAAGUAGAAGAUGAGGAAUCUCCUUCUCUUCCUCAGGUAUCUCAACCACAAACAGAUAAUAAAAAUAAAGAGAAGGAAAAGAAGCACAAAAUAAAAAAAUCUAAGAAAAGGAAGAAGAGUAAAUCCAAACAUGCAGAUUCAGAUAGUGAAAGCAAUGAUCUACCAGAUGAAAAACGUAAGAAGAAGAAGAAGAAGAAAAGGUCAGAAGAGCAAAAAAAGAAAAAGAAAAAGCAGCAAAGUAGUUUAACUGACAGUGAUUCUUCAUCAGACAGUGAUAACGAGUAUGAAAGUAAAAGACAUGCUAAAAAAUGUAAAUAUUCGAAAAUUAGGCACUAAAUUUACAAUAAAGAUUAUCAAAGUUUGUGUCUCAAUUUUAAAUUAUGUAUAAUUUUUGUACAUUAUUAAAUUAC